AAGCUUCAAUGGAAAGGAGCAGAUUGAGUCGAGACCCUAAGCGAGCAUCGUUGAUUGGAAUCGAGGGAAGGGUAUCCAGUGCCAUUGCAGCCAUUGCACCAUGUCGAAGGUGAGGAACUGGCGACGCCGUGUGGACGACGACGACGAUGAAGAGCCUGAGAAACCUGCGCUGCCAGAGAAAGAUACGAAGACCGUCACGAAACGCAAAGAGGUGAAGAAGACUAGUGUCACGGUGGUCAAAUCGUCGGGGCCGAAGCUUUUGAGCUUUGGAGGAGAUGAAGAUGAAGGCGAUGGCGAUGGCGAAUUGGCGACGAAGGCGAAGAAGGAGAGAGUUAAAGAGAGUGUGCAGUUGAAGCAGGGAGGGGCCGGGGUGUUUAGGUUUGGGGAGGAGAGGCCCGAUGGGGAAUUGGUGCUGUUGCAGAGUGCGCAGAAGGAGAAGAAGAAGGGGGGAUACGGAGUGGGACAUAGUGGACUUAAAAUUGAGCUGGGAAAGGAAAAAACUGCAUCGGUGUUAAAAGUGCCGUCUAAUGUGCAGGCGCAAGCGGGUGAAUAUACCAAAGAAAAAUUGCUGGAGCUGCAACGGAAUACGAAAACAUUAGGGGCACCUAAGCCGGUGGUUGAUAGCUUGCCUGCAGAGCCUGUUGUGGUGCUUAAGGGUUUACUGAAGCCUGUUGAAGAGCCGAAAGCUGCGGUGGAAGUUAAAGUGAGGGGAUUGUAUGUUGAAAGCGAAACUCAAGAAGGGGGUAGAAAAGUGGAGGAGACCAGACGGGUUGAAUACGAUGCGGAGAGAAGGUUAGGGUUGAUGGGAAUUGGAACAGGGGCAGAUAGCGGAGGGAUUACUCAUAUUCCAGAUGCGGAUAUGAUUGCUCUCGCGAAGGCACGAAGAAAUCGGUUGCGUCAGGCGCAGGCGGCCCCUGAUUACAUACCUGUGAAUGAUGGGGAUGUGAGAGGCGUUGUCCGUGAGCACGGAGAUCUUGAAAGGGGAAAAGACGAUGCCGAUUCUAGUGAGGACGAGGCUGAAGUGCAUGGAAGGAUGUCUUUUUUAGGGGAGACCAUUGGGGGCAAGCACAAGUCUCAAGGGGCUGUGUUUGAAGCGAUGGCGAAAGACUCGGAAUUGGCUCAUCAAGAGGAUGACGAAGUGGAUGAGGAGAGGACUUGGGAAGAAGAACAACUGAGGAAAGGAUUUGGGAAGAGGGUGGAAGAUGUGGCUCGGGUGGUGCCUGGGGUCGUAGCUGGUCCUACUGCUGGUCACGGGGGCUUUACUCCUGGAAUACCUGCUAUGAAUGUAGGUAGUUUCGGUUUUGCUUAUGGAAGGGGUGCGGCGGAAGCAUUGUCUAUUCCGCAGCAAGCAGAUGAAGUUUGGAAAGUCCUAAAGGAUAAUUUGAACAAGAUGCGGGAAAGCCAUGGAAGGACAAAGUCAGAGCUCCACAGAACUGAGGAAAUGCUAAGCUCGUCACUUUCCGGAGUAGCAUCAUUGGAACAAUCUUUGAGCAACGCAAGUGAGAAGUAUCUCUACAUGCAGGAACUCCGUAAUUACUUCGCUAUUUUAUGUGAUUUUUUGCAGGAUAAGGGUCCUAUCAUUGAGGAGUUGGAAGAGGCCAUGCAACGGCUUCAUGAGGAGCGUGCUAAUGCAUUAAUGGAGCGGCGUGCUGCUGACUACGCAGAUGAGAUAGCUGAAAUUGAGCCUGCUGUUAAUGCUGCUAAGGCUGCAUUUGCCAAAGGAGGAGGUACUGAGACCGCAAUGGCAGCUGCCUUAGCCGCAGCGGCGAGAGAUGUGCGGAGCAGCACAGUUCCUCAGUUUGAUGAGUUUGGACGGGAUGUGAAUCUUCAGAAACGCAUGGAGAGCAAGCGGCGAGCACAAGCACGUGAGCGUCGAGCAAGAUUGGCUGCUGAACGGCGGAUUAAAUCUCUGAAAACUUCUAAUGGGAAUUCCGCUCGAGCAGUGACAUUGGAAGGGGAAUCAAGUAGCGAAGAAAGCGAAAGCGAGGAGAAAGCAUACAUAUCCCACAAGCAAGAAGUAUUAUUAACUGCAGAAAGUGUAUACGGUGAUGCGGCUGAAGAGUACGCACAGUUAGGAAAAGUUAAGGAAAAGCUACAGAGUUGGAAACGUCAAUAUUCUUCAGCUUAUUCGGAUGCUUACAUGCAAUUGAGUGUUCCAUCCAUUUUCGCCCCAUAUGUUCGGCUGGAGCUUUUGCAUUGGGAUCCCCUUUAUGGUAGUGCAGGAUUUGAUGAAAUGAAUUGGUACAAGCACUUGUUCGACUACGGUGUGCAUGGGACUGAGCAUGAUGCCGAUUUUGAGUUGAUACCUAAGCUAGUGGAAAAAGUUGCUCUUCCCGUCUUACAUCAUGAAUUGGAGCAUUGCUGGGAUGUUUUGAGCACGAAAGGAACCAAACGUGCUGUGAAAGCUGUUCAAGAGAUGUUCAUCUAUGUGGAUGCUGCAAAUAGUGAAGCAUUGCAAGAAAUGCUUGCUGCAGUGCACAAACGUAUGUCUAAUGCUGUUGCUAGUCUUGAGGUACCAGAUUGGUCCCAUCAAGUGACCACUGCAGUCCCGGGAGCCUUGCGAUUUGCUAAUCGGCAGUUUGGUGUAGCAGUGAGAUUGUUACGCAAUCUUGGAUGUUGGAAGGACGUACUGGCUCUACCCCAACUUGAAAAAUUAGCCUUGGAUCAAUUAUUAUCAGGGAAGAUGUUGGCGUAUUUGAAGGUUGGAUUCACAACAGACCAUGAUGCCAUCACCCGCAUCGAACGAAUAGUUGCCGCGCUUAGUGGUGUUUGGGUUGGACCAGGUUUCGCAGAGCAAAGCCCCAAACUCGGUUCAUUGAUCGAGUACAUGCUGAAGAUCACCAGAUCCCUUGAGAAGAAGCGAGAAGCGGCUAACGAAAGCACCAUUGCUCUCGCACGGAGGAUGAAACGAGUACUUGUGGAUGUCAAUGAGUACGAUCGAGCUCGAAGCCUUUCCAGGGCUUUCCAGUUGAGAGAAGCUUUGUAGAGUCCAUUUUGAGCCUCAAAGAUCAGAAGCCAGAUCCUUUCCAUCUCCAGUAAAUGUUGUCGUGCUUGUACACUAUCGUAGCAUUCUUACGUGUAAUAUUUGCUUAGUACUAAUCGUAGCAACUAUAAUGAAUUUAUUAUGUAACUAUAAUUUGUGUGCCUAUUUUCUAUUUUUUCUUUUUUCUUUUCUUUUUAUGGUUUUUUUGUUCUUUCUUUAUCAAAAAUAAAUUUUCUAUUUUGCGUUUUCCACAAUAUCAGUAUUGCUUCUUGUCCAUAAAUUUCAACCGGUCGUAUUCCAGGGAAGCAACCAGAAGGCGGAUAUUAUAUUCAAGUGAAACUGAUUGCAGUGAAGACUGUCCCAUGGCACCUCUCUCACCAGAUGAAGGUGAUCAAUGAAGUUCAAAUUAACAUCACCAACUUGGUUAAUGGUGAACAUUUAUGGUUAUGAGCAUGAUGGACUAGCACGUGCAACAGGGCUGUUCGAUAGUCACCAGCAGUUGAUUGUAGAUUAGUCUUACUGAAGUAGCAUAGUUGAGAAAACAAUCCAGUUUGCGGUUUCAGAUGUUAGUUCCUGAAUGUGUCUGAACCACAGUUGGGGCUGUGUGGUUGAAUGGCUGCCCAUGGACUCGCAUCUAGUGACCUCUCUAAGAGGCCAUGUACAGGUUUUAUCAUGAAACGAACACCAUCGUCACAGUCAA